AUCAUUUAUUUAAAGAAGUAUGCCUAAUCUGUCAGUCGGUCGUUUUAUGGCCAUGUAUCUCACGCUGUUUGGAUACCUUGGGGAUGCUUACGCUGGGGCUGUUUUACUGAACUCUAAUGCCAUCAAGAACGUGCCCGGUGGCGCUGACACGGUUAGCCCGAGCCCACGUCCUUCUUCAUCAGGUAACGACGGACAGAAGGCAGUCCUGGACACUUUGCAGGUAAGCAACUGCACUAAAAGCUCUAGCAAAGCUCUAGCAGCUGUGCGUAAUACCAACACUAACCUAUGCCCAAGCGCUUCUUGGGCACUUUAUCUUACCCUUACCUACGCUAUUACUGAAAUGCGUUUUGCAAUUCUAUUCCAAUUAAAGUAAAUAUUGUGUUAUGUCUUUAUGUUAGCUUACUUGCACAUAUGAUGAUGAGUGUGGGACGGAUGAAUUCUGCAACGAUAUCCGAGGCGCGUGCCUCCCGUGCCGAAAGAUCCGGAAGCGGUGCGGAAGAGAUUCUAUGUGCUGUGCUGGGAACCGCUGCAUCACUGGUGAGCUCAACAUAUGCAAAUGUUACAUGUUUGUUUUUCCAACCAUUUUCAGAUCAUUACACUUGUAAUCCAUGCGAGGACUUUGAUGUAUUGACGUUUAAUGGGAGGGUGUAUUGUAAUUAUCUUGAAAACUUUACUUGUGUUCAAUUGAAGUGACUGGAUGAUACCAUGUGCCUUUUUCCUCAGGUGUUUGUCAGGCCAGUGAUCAAGAUGCUGAAACUGCAGUCACUACCAGUGAGAAUAGGCAGAACAAAACCAUGGAACACUAUGGCAAGAGACUGCCUCUGCCCCAAGGUCAACCACACCAUUCUGUUAAAGGUAGGUGUGCAUUACACAUGCACACACAGUCCCAGUACCACCCAUAAAGAUCCAAUAGAUUUGUCCUUUCCACCAGUCCCCUGGGAAUAAAUUACCAUUAAAAACACAAAGCCAAGGGGGUUGAAAGGAAACUUUUGAUUUUCAAAAUUCCAGCUGUGAGGCCUUUCCAACAGAACCCUUCAUAUUCCUCUCUCUAGGUCAGGAAGGUGACAACUGCCUAAGGUCCUCCGACUGCUCUGUGGGUCUGUGCUGUGCACGCCACUUCUGGUCUCGUAUCUGUAAGCCGGUGCUGACGGAGGGCCAGGUGUGCACGCGUCACCGUAGGAAAGGCGGCCAUAGCCUGGAGCUGUUCCAGCGCUGCGACUGUGGAGAUGGCCUCUCCUGCAGACUGGAAAGAGGAGAGAAAGACCCCGGAGUCAGCAGGACCGCAGCCCGGAACCUACACACCUGCCAGAGACGCUGACACACA